AUGGCAGCAGCAACAGCUCCAGGAGGGUACCAUCAACCUGCAACUUUAGAAGAAGUUAGAACCCUUUGGAUUGGUGAUUUACAGUAUUGGGCAGAUGAAUCCUACCUCAGCACAUGCUUUGCUCACACUGGCGAGGUGGUUUCGAUUAAGAUAAUACGCAACAAAUUAACUGGGCAGCCUGAGGGUUAUGGGUUUGUGGAGUUUGUUUCUCAUGCAGCAGCUGAAAGGAUUCUACAGACGUAUAAUGGGGCGCAAAUGCCGGGAACGGAACAAACGUUUAGGUUGAAUUGGGCUUCUUUUGGGAUUGGGGAAAGGCGGCCAGAUGCAGGGCCAGAGCAUUCGAUUUUUGUUGGGGAUUUAGCACCCGAUGUUACGGAUUAUCUCUUGCAAGAGACGUUUCGGGCUCAUUAUCCGUCUGUUAGAGGUGCCAAGGUUGUGACUGAUCCAAAUACUGGACGGUCGAAGGGAUAUGGAUUUGUUAAAUUUGCUGAUGAGAAUGAGAGAAAUCGUGCCAUGACUGAGAUGAAUGGUGUUUAUUGCUCAACUAGGCCAAUGCGUAUCAGCAUGGCAACACCAAAGAAGACCACCAGUUAUCAACAGCAGUAUGCUCCGACUAAAGCCUUUUAUCCAGCUCCCGCAUACGCUGCACCAGUCCAAGUGGUUUCAGCGGAUAGUGACAUUACUAAUACCACAAUCUUUGUUGGUAACUUGGAUCCUAAUGCCACAGAGGAGGACCUUAGGCAAACCUUUCUGCAGCUUGGGGAGAUUGCCUCUGUCAAGAUUCCUGCGGGCAGAGGAUGUGGUUUUGUACAGUUUGCAUUGAGAACAUCAGCGGAAGAAGCAAUACAAAGAAUGCAAGGGCAUGUGAUUGGUCAACAGCCAGUGCGCAUUUCUUGGGGCAGGAAACAAGACUUAACUGCUGCUUGGGGCCAGCAAGUAGAUCAAUGGAAUGCUUAUUAUGGUUAUGGACAAGGCUAUGAUGCAUAUGCUUAUGGGGCUACACACGAUCCAUCAUUAUAUGCAUACAAUGCAUAUGCUGGUUAUCCACAGUACCCUCAACAGGUUGAAGGUGUUCCAGACAUGGCUGGUGUUGUCCCAGUUGCAGAACACAGGGAAGAGUUUUCUGAUCCGUUGGCUGCUCCAGAUGUUGAUAAGUUAAACGCUGCUUACCUUUCUACACAUGGAAGUGCCAUCUUUGGCCGGACUUUGUGGAUGAAAACCUCGUCACUUACGCAACAAACUCAGGCAUAA